AUGGUGCGAAGCCAUAGAGAUUACCGGACUGUAAAAUUCACUCCCUGGUACGACCCCGGAGGAUUCUCCCUAUCUUCUCCGUAUACCAACUGCUCAGAUACUUCCCUUGCUCCCACGGCUUGUGAGGUGACCGCUCUCAUUUUCGCUUGGCCCGACAUGUCAUCCGAGCAGCUUUUCCCGCCUUCACUUAUCUCAUCCGAGGUGAUGGCUUCGCUUCCAAGCGGCUACACCCUUCGGCCAUUGCAGAGAGACGACUACACUCGUGGAUUCUUGGACUGCUUAUCUGACUUAACGUGGGUCGGAGAGUACAGCGAGGAAGAUUUCUACGAACGUUAUGACUGGCUAGCAACCAGCGGGAAGGACUGGUACUAUAGUGUGGUGAUUGAUGAUGGGAAACAAAUUGUGGCGACCGCCACCAUGAUUGUGGAACGGAAAUUUAUCCAUAACCGUGGUAUGAUAGGCCACAUCGAAGAGGUUGUGGUAGCCAAAGAUCACCAGGCCAGAGGCUUCGGAUUGAAAGUGAUUCAAGCGCUCGAUUCCGUCGCUAUUGGCCUGGGGUGCUAUAAGACUAUCCUGGACUGCGGAGAACACAAUGUAGAAUUCUACAAGAAAUGCGGCUAUCACCCGGCGGGGACGGAGAUGUCCCAUUAUUAUGAACCCUUUACCACCGGGUACAAACGUGGUUAA